AUGCAACAAAAGUCCAUCGCCAUAUUACAACGCAUAGACACCAAUGUCGAACAAGUUUUAACCAAGUUCCAACGGAUAUUUGAACUUGCCGUGGUAGAAGAUAAGUCAAAGGAAUUGCUAGCAGUGGAAUCACUCACUAUGGAAGCAGAUGCUUUAUCUAUAAUCCGUCUAUGUGAAGAUUUGCUAAGUAUUACCCGGAACUUGAAGGAAACCUGGUGUUUAGGUUCUAUAAAGGUAUCUGAUAAUAAAGAGCAGUGGAAACUGAAAAAGGAACUUAGAAAGGUAUACGAACAGUUUAAUAAACUUACUGAUAAUAUUGCUGAGUUUGAAACCAAGCAAACCGUUUAA